AUGCCUGUCCCGCUUGGAAGUGAAGACGAACAUAAAGCCCGGGUCAAGGACGUGGAUCCUCUUGACAACGACAAGCUGGUAAAUCGCCAACCAAAUGAUGUCUCACCAAACCACCAAGCACAUGCCAGAAUGUAUGCAACCCAUGCACCCCUACCUAUAACCUCUCGCGAUGAAACAAAGACAAACGGGAAUCACGCUCAUACAAAAGCCUUAGACGAGAAGAAAUUUUAUUUUCCUCCGUUUAAUAUAAAACAACGCGCCCAAAGUCUACCCAAUGCAGCAAAACAAUCCCCUUCUAUUUUCGCUGAAAAAAUAAAAAACCAUUGUGUGGUUGACCCGCAUCAUGGCCAUAAACAUUACCAUAACCAUGAAUACCAUCAUCAACUCGGUAACAAUGAGAAAAACAACGUGGUUCGCUGUACAGACAAUUCGUGCACAGAACGUGACGAGAAUCCUGAAUUCGAGUUAGAUUGCGCCGAAGAGUUGCAAAACGUUGUUAAAGCUCAUGAUAGCAUGAUUAUCCACGAAGCACCCCUGCAGACGACGAAAAUUCGAGUGCAGAAUAUUUGUUGUCCUAAGGAGGGGCGUAUCGUGCAAGAGGAAUUAGGCAAGCUACCGGGGAUUAAUACGAUACGAAUUGAUAUUCUCUGCCGUGUGGCAUAUAUAUCACAUGAUCAGAACAAAGUAACACCUCCAGAAAUGCUGGAAACCUUGAACAAACGCCAUUUUGGGGCGUCCAUUGUGGAUGCGGGGGCGGAGACGGAGGUCGAUCAUGGCUUUCCUAGACAGCUUAAAAUCCUCCUUGCAAUCCUAGCUGUACAAGCUGUCUUAUUCAGCAUCGCGCUAGCAGCUAUGUUCUCUCAUGCCUCCUGGUACAUGUGCGUUGCUAUUGUUCAAAUUUGCUUCGGAAUGUUGCUGGUGUUAAAGAAGUGCUAUCACGCAAUCUACCAUCUGCAGAUCGAUUUGAAUGUUCUCAUUACUGUAACUGUGAUAGGCACGCUGGGCAUUCGGCAGUGGAUUGAAGGCGGAGCUGUGGUAUUUACGUUUAUUCUGGCGAACUUUCUGCAGGAGUUCUGUUUCCAUAGCGUCCACAAGAUUAUCUCAAGUCUCAUGCUAGCUAAGCCUUUGAAGGCAGUUAUGGCCUGCACAGGGGAAUUGGUACCCCGUGAAGACGUUUCUAUUGGUAUGUAUUGAUUGAAAAUUAGUCUCGGUCCCUUUAACAGAGUUUAACAAUUUUUUUGGUUACAAACAGCAAAGGAUAAAUAUAAAAUUCCAGUAAGUGACUUACAAACAAGACAUAACCAAGAAGAAACAAAUUUUAUUCUCUUCUGUUCUGUCUUGUUUGAAAGUCAUUUGGUAGUCUUUUUUACAUAACUUUAAAUUUUUCCAAUGACUUAUUUUUAAAUGGUGGGUGUGGCUGUGUGGCUGCCCAAUUCAACCAAGCCAGUGUGCUUGAUGUUUAAAAAUCCGGCGAAAAACCAUCGAAACACAGGGGAAAACUACUGCACACAUAAAAACGCACAAGUUGUAACAAACCUGCACAGUCUUUUAGCAAUGCUGUUCCAAAAACGUUUCAACAGGAUUUGUUGGCACUGCUUUUUUUCAGCUUGUUGACAAUUUAUCAACGGCUUGUACGUUCUUUUGUACAAUUUGCUACGAGGUUGUUGAGCUCAACAGAAUUUUUCCAACUUAAUUGUUCCAAUAACUUGUUAUCGUCUUGCAAUGCAACAAUUUGUCAAUAAGUUGUGAGUGACAACUUUGUAGCAACUUGAUAAAAUAACAGCAUUGUUACAACUUGUUGAAAAGCUUGCUACAAGCCUUUUACGUGUUUAGACUGUAGUAGAUGCAUUUUCAAGCAUGUGCAAACCGCACUGUCUCUUCAUUCUCCUGAAACUGAGUCGUAGAAUGAGGUAUAGUCCUUAUAUUUUGAGCACAAAUAUAUUUCUCUUUGAUCUUAACCCGAAUCAUAGGCCCAAACCUAUUGGCCCGAAUAUGAGCCAUAACCUAUAAUAAAACGAGGGAGGAACGCUACCUGCCAGUCAUUUUAAAGAUAUAAUUUUUCGGGAUUUCGAGUUGAUGUGGAGCAAGUUUAAAGCUUGGAGACGUCUAUGGAACCAUGACCUUUCGGUCGUUAAACUUUAGGUUAACUAAGUAAGCAAGUGGAGAGCGUUACCCGCCUCAAACGCUGUACUAACAGUAUAUGUGCUGGAAUGAAACAGGCUAGUGCUGAUGGUCUACCAAAUAAGACGAAGAAACCAGAUCAAGAAGGGAUAACAGAAGAAGAGGAAAAUACUUUUUGAGAGAAAAGUCUUCUCGGUUCUCAGACAGCUAAGUCCCUGCUACAUACAAUUUACUUUUAUAACGGAACGUUGUUUAGCAUCCAAAGUAACGAGAACAGGAAUUUUACGAUAUGUCAACUUCAGAGUUGAAUCUAAUUGUAUAAUCUAUUAUGAGAGUUUAUCUAAAACCUAUCAUGGCGGCCUUGAAGAUCUCAAAUACAAGCCGCGUGUUGUCAGACAUGUUUGUUGACAAAGAAAAUUGCGAGUUAGGACAUUCUCGAUGCCUUGUAGAGUGUUAUAAGAAGUAUCUGGAGCAUAUAAAAACGUUAUCCGAGGAAAAAGAUGCGUUCUAUUUCAAACCAAGUUGUUAUCGCAGAUCUCCUGUGGGCAUUAACACUCCUUUGGGCAUUAACACUUUACCAGAUAAACUUUGUGGCGCGGCCUGUUUAAAGAAGCAAACCUCGCACAGUCUAAAAUCAAAAUUGUGUACAAGAAACAUUAAUUAGAGAGCGUACUGGUCAUCGUUCCAAUGCUUUGUUCGGUGGGGGGGGGGGGGUGAAUAGGUUUUCGGAUCGUCGGAUUUCACAGAAAAAAAAUAUUCGGAUUUCGGAUCUGGCGAAUAUUUUACACGGAUUUGCGGAUCUUAUUAAUACAGCGGAUUGCGGAUUUAUCUAAUAUUUUGGCUCGGAUUGUGGAUUUGGCUUGCAAUUUAGUUCGGAUCCUGGAUUGUGACUUCAUAGUAGAGCUUUUAGCGGAUUCAAAUUUAGACAAGACCAUUGUCGGAUCGCGGAUUUUGCUUCAAAUUUGGGCGGAUCGGCGGAUUUGUAUACCCCUAUUCACCCCCCCCCCCCUUUUAGGGCCUCCGGAGCUUCCUCUUGUUGAUUUCGAUUUUGAUGUUUCAGAUGACAUACUAUUAAGCAAUCUUGAGAUGCCCGCAAAUGAAACGUUAUCAAAUGUUACCAAUAACUUAUCGAACUGUGUUUUCAAUAAUCAGUACAUUUAAAUAGUGGAUUUUUGUAAGAAUAGUUGAGUGACUGAUAGCAUUAAAAAUUAAGCGUUGUUGUGUGUAUAUAGUAUAAAAUUGUGGUUAUGUAAUCUGAUUAAUUAAAAUGUAACAACCAUGCAGCAUAAUUCUAAUUCUUUAUGAAAAAUCUUUAUAUAAAAAUCGUUAUAUAAAAAUCUUUAUAUAAAAAUCUUUGUAUCAAAUUCUUUAUAUAAAAAUCUUGACGUAAUUUGCAUAACAAUCGUUUUUUGCAUUAUUGCAUAGUAAAGUGUUCUUUAGCUGGUUUUAAGACGCGUGCACGUGACUAAUUUCCCACCCAAGAUUGGAUAAUUGCUUCAUGAAUAAUUAAUGAUUUUAAAUAAAAUGAUUUCAAAUUCUCGCAUGCAAUUAACUUUGCUUUCUUUUUUAUUUAAACAAUUUAAUAUAAAAAAUCAGUGAGUAUGACCAGCCACGCACAGUAACCCAUACGCGGGCGAUCAUUGAUGAACUUUAAACUUCGCUAAAACUUCGCUAAAGCUUUCCUUUUUCUGGGGGUAAAUAGCCGGGCGGACUUAGUACCUCCCCGGGCUUACCGUAAACCUCCGAAUAUAAGCCCCCCCGAAUAUAAGUCCCCCAUCUAUAAGCCCACCACAUGUACUAACGCUCACUGCGUUCCAAAUAUAAGCCCUCCCCCUUCCGAAUAUAAUCCCCUCGAAUACAAGCCCCCCGGAUAUAAAGUAGCCCACUACGUUAUUCAAUAUUGACAUUGUCUUUUAAUAUAGCAGAGAACGAUAUUUAAAAACAUUGUCAUUGUCUUUAUAGCUUACUAUGUUAAUCAAAGAGCGUUAUUAAUACUGCAACGUUAUAUAUUUUAUUUAUCUUAUGUAUAAACUACAUUUAACUUUACUUUAUAACUCAACUAUGCUCAGUCCUUGUUCAACGUUCCUUCGACGUUCCAUGUGCUCGCAUGCACGAGUCACGUGAUAUCCUUACAAAUACAUGUUUAUUUUCCUGUUUAUGACUGACUUGUUUAUGUCUGACUUGUUUAUUACUAACACAAAAGAUCGUCCAUGUAUAAGCACCCCGUAUAUAAGCCCCCCUCCCCUUGUAUAAGCCCAUCAAAAAUUGCUUACGAAAGUAUAUCAGCCAUUUUUAUCAUACUUGUAAAUGUUUGGGUUUUUUGUUUUAUUUUCUGCUAGAAAUGGCUGUAUCUUAUAGUCAAUGAAAUUUGCACUGUAUUUCAUUUUCGAAAACAUUGCACUGCUCUUAGCCAAUCAGAAUUGAGAACUUUUUUCAUGUAUAUUUUUAGCGAUAAAAAGUGCUCAAAAUGUCCUAAAAAAUCACAUUGCUUUAGAUUCAUUUUGUAGUUUACACAGUUAGCUACCUUUUUGUAUCUGGCGGUUGAUAAACACAAAUAUUGUCCUGAAUUUAAAUACAAUUAUCAUUGAUACUGUAAAAUAGACGCCAUAUUUAUACAGUACUAUUAAGCAAAAUUUACUGAACUUCAGACAUUGUUUUCUCUUUGGUGUACCAUCUAAAAUCUCUUCAUUUUAGCAUUAUUUUACAGAUAAUGAAACAUCAAUCAAAAAUGAUAAAAAAUUGAAUAUAGUCAUCACGUGUUCAUAGUUUUGAAAUAUAUAAUGAAUUAGUAAGUUUGCAUUAUUUUCUCAUCCUGAUAACUGUGGGUUGACCACCAUGCAUAUAUGCUGCAUGAUCGUGCAUGUUUAGUAAAACCCACCUAUCUAAUAAGGAAUUUCCAACCGCACAACAUUUUCCUGGCUUUUAUUUAGGUUCAAUAAUAGCAGUGCGUCCAGGUGAAAUGAUUCCUUUGGAUGGAGUAGUGGUGAAAGGCAGCGCAUCUGUGGACGAGAGCUCAAUCUCAGGAGAAGCUGCGCCCGUGGAGAAAACCCUGAAGUCCCAAGCAUACAACGGUACUGUUAUCGAACGUGGCUACCUUGAAUUGGAGACAACCUCCUCAGCAACAUCAUCAACAAUUUCAAAAAUUGCCGCGUUGGUGAAAGACGCACAGUUGAAUGUCUCGCCAACUGAAAUAAUGAUAAAUAAAUUUGCGAGCUACUACACCCCCUUGGUCGUGCUACUCGCCGCCAUAGUCUUUCUAAUACCAUUAAUUUUGCAUUUUUCUGGUGCGUUCGGCGGAAGUAUUAUGACUUGGGGCGAACGAGCCCUCAUCGUGUUGGUCACCGCUUGUCCAUGCGCUCUCCUGAUGGCCACGCCUGUGGUAGUUAUCUGUGGAAUAAGCGGUGCGGCACGCCUCGGUGCGCUGAUAAAAGGAGGCACUUUUCUCGAAGCUCUCUCCCAAAUUGAAUUUCUUGCCUUUGAUAAAACAGGGACUUUGACCGAAGGAAAAUUUCAG